UCGGAAUUUUAAAAUUUAAUACUUCGUAUCUUGUUCUAGUUUAGCUAAAAAUUUCACUUUGGAUUCAGUGAAUUUUACGGUUACCGUAGCAAUUUAGAGUCCGAAGAGGAGGAGCAACACAAGAGGCGCGCCUCUCGUUUCACAGCCAGCAGCUAAAACGAGGAGGAGGAAGAAGAAGAACACAGAGGACCCUUUCAAACGCUCUGAAUGGCCGCGUGAAUGGCCGCCCUCCAUUCUCUCUCUACCCCUGCAUGCCGAUGAGCACCACCAGCAGCAGCUAGCCAGCUAGCUAUUGACCACAUACCCUCGGCCGAUCGCCAUUGCUGCCCCCUUCAUCCCCAUCGAUCCCCAAUGGACAGCCGGAGCCAGGCACCCCAGAAGUCGAGCAGCUUCUCGUCGGCGCAGAAGGCCGCCCCGCGGGAGGUCGACCGCAACCUCUCCCUCGGCUCCCUCCGCCACCCCCAUGGCGGCGCCGGCGCCGGGGGCGACCUCAGGGGCGGCGGCUACCACCCUUCUGCCUCCACGGAGCAGAUCCGGGAGGAGGACGAGGAGGCGGAAGAAGAAGAAGAAGACCGCAACUCGCCCGGCGUCUCCGCGCUCUCCGGGGAGGUCGAUGCCUUCGUCUCCGGCGACCUGAGCGUCCCGGAGUCCUCCCUCGAGCGGUUCGCCGCCGCCGUCGAGCUGCAGAUCUCGCGGUCCGAGGCCAAGGUCCGCGGCGGCGGCGGCGGCGGCGCGGGAGAUCGGUUGGGGGUCGUCGACGCGGCUAAUGGCGAGCCCCCCGCCCUGCUCGCCGCCAUCGCCCGUCUCGCCGCGCUGUCCUCCGCACUGGCGAAGGUCGCCGAUCCCGGGAAGUACGGCGGCGCGGCGCAGAGGGUAGGCGGCGUGAUGCAGCGGGCCAUGGCGGUGCUCGAUGACGAGUUCCACGCGCUUCUGGACCUGCCCAAGAAGGACACCUGCAAGCUCAUGCGCCGCCCGCCGUCCUUCGAGCAGCAGCAGCAGCAGCAGGCGACGCACGAGGCCGACCGCUGCGUGCUCCGGGCGCCGCCUCCCUCCGCGGCGGCCGCGGACAGCUGCGCCGCCGAGCCCGCGCCGCCGUACCCGCCGGAGACGGUGGACCGGCUGCGCUGCAUCGCGGACGCCAUGGCGUCCGCCGGCCGCGCCACGGAGUGCGCCCAGAUGUUCCUCGCCGCCCGCCGCAGCGCCUUCGACGGCUCGCUCCGGCAUCUCGGGUACGAGAAGCCGGGCAGCGCGGAGGACGUGGCAAGGAUGACGUGGGAGGCCCUGGAGUCGGAGAUCGCCACGUGGAUCAAGGCCUUCCGCCACGCCAUCAACGUGGGCCUCUCCACGGAGCACGACCUCUGCCUCCGCGUCUUCUCCUCCGGCGUGGGCCGGGCCGUGUUCGCGGACCUGGCCCGGUGCGUGAUGCUGCAGAUGUUGGGCUUCACGGACGCCGUGGCCGCCACGAAGCGCUCCGCCGAGCGGCUCUUCAAGGUGCUCGACAUGUACGAGGCCGUCCGCGACGCCUCCCCCGUCGUCGACGCCUUCUUCCUCUCCGACUCCGGCGACUCCAACAACGCUCUAUCCGACCUCAAGUCAGAAAUCGCCGCCGUCCGCUCCAGGCUGGGCGAGUCCGCCGUGGCCAUGUUCCGCGAGCUGGAGAGCUCCAUCCGCGCCGACGCCGGCCGGCAGCCCGUGCCAGGCGGCGCCGUGCACCCGCUCACCCGCUACGUCAUGAACUACCUCAAGUACACCUGCGAGUACAACGCCACCCUCGAGCAAGUCUUCCGCGACCACGCCGGCCAUGGCGCCGCCCACGGCCCAGACUCCUCCUCCUCCGAAAACAACAACCCUUUCGCGGCGCAGCUGAUGGACGUCAUGGAGCUCCUCCACAGCAACCUAGAAGGCAAAUCGCGGCUCUACAAGGACCCGGCACUCAGCAGCAUCUUCCUGAUGAACAACGGGCGCUACAUGCUGCAGAAGAUCCGGGGCUCGCCGGAGACGAACGCCGUGCUAGGGGAAGCCUGGGCGAGGAAGCAGUCGACUUCCCUCCGGCAGUACCACAAGAACUACCAGCGGGAGACGUGGAGCCGGGUGCUGACGCUGCUGCGGGACGACGGCGUGCUGACGGUGAAGGGCCACGUGCAGAAGCCGAUGCUCAAGGAGCGGUUCAAGCAGUUCAACGCCGCCAUGGACGAGAUCCAGCGGACGCAGGGCGCCUGGGUGGUCAGCGACGAGCAGCUGCAGUCGGAGCUCAGGGUCUCCAUCGCCGCCGUCGUCGUGCCGGCGUACCGGUCGUUCCUCGGGAGGUUUGGGCAGACGUUUAGUGCCGGGAGGCAGGCGGAGAAGUACGUCAAGCUCAGCGCGGAGGACCUUGAAGGGAUCAUCGAUGAGCUCUUCGACGGGAACCCUUCGUCCAUGAGCAGGAGAAGGACAUGAUUUGAUCCGUUCGUUAACGACAGCAACGGCAGUCGGUUGGUUUGAUCGGUGGGGGGUUUUACAAGGGGAGGGGGCAUUUGGGGUCUUGGUUUAAGAAAUGCAUUAUGAAUCGCUUUUCGUUUUUCGUCUUCUUUUUGGCUGGUUAAAGAACUGGUGUCACGAUAAUUAAUUUGGUCCAACAGGUGAUGUGUUUUUACUUCAAUUCUGCGCUUAAAAUCGUUGCUUCAAUUC